GGAGCGAGGCCAGGGUAGGGUGAGCGGCCUCCGAAGCGGAGCGGGGCUAGGAGGAGACACUUUUUUUUUCCUCCCUCCUUCCCUCCUCUCCUCCUCCCUUCCCUUCCCCUCUCCUCCCCUCUCUCCUCCUUCCCCCCUCGGUCCGCCGGAGCCUGCUGGGGCGAGCGGUUGGUGUAGCAGGCGCUCACUCUCCGGGGCCGCCCGGCGGGUAGCUGGCGGGGGGAGGAGGCAGGAACCGCGAUGGCGCCUCAGAAACACGGCGGUGGGGGAGGGGGCGGCUCGGGGCCCAGCGCGGGGUCCGGGGGAGGCGGCUUCGGGGGUUCGGCGGCGGCGGCGGCGGUGGCGGCGGCGGCGGCGGCUUCGGGCGGCAAAUCCGGCGGCGGGGGCUGUGGAGGCGGCGGCAGUUACUCGGCCUCCUCCUCCUCGGCGGCGGCGGCGGCGGGGGCCGCGGUGUUACCGGUGAAGAAGCCGAAAAUGGAGCACGUCCAGGCUGACCACGAGCUUUUCCUCCAGGCCUUUGAGAAACCAACACAGAUAUAUAGAUUUCUUCGAACUCGAAAUCUUAUAGCACCAAUAUUUUUGCACAGAACUCUUACUUACAUGUCUCACCGAAACUCCAGAACAAACAUCAAAAGGAAAACAUUUAAAGUUGAUGAUAUGUUAUCAAAAGUAGAGAAAAUGAAAGGAGAGCAAGAAUCUCAUAGCUUGUCUGCACAUUUGCAACUUACAUUUACCGGUUUCUUCCACAAAAAUGAUAAGCCAUCACAAAACUCAGAAAAUGAACAAAAUUCUGUUACCUUGGAAGUCCUGCUUGUGAAAGUUUGCCACAAAAAAAGAAAGGAUGUAAGUUGUCCAAUAAGACAAGUUCCUACUGGUAAAAAGCAGGUGCCUUUGAAUCCUGACCUCAAUCAAACAAAACCAGGAAAUUUCCCAUGCCUGGCAGUUUCCAGUAAUGAAUUUGAACCUAGUAACAGCCAUAUGGUGAAGUCUUACUCCUUACUGUUUAGAGUAACUCGUCCAGGAAGAAGAGAAUUUAAUGGAAUGAUUAAUGGAGAAACCAAUGAAAAUAUUGAUGUCAGUGAAGAACUUCCAGCCAGAAGAAAACGAAAUCGUGAAGAUGGGGAAAAGACGUUUGUUGCACAAAUGACGGUGUUUGACAAAAACAGACGUCUACAGCUUUUAGAUGGGGAAUAUGAAGUGGCCAUGCAGGAAAUGGAAGAAUGUCCAAUAAGUAAGAAAAGAGCAACGUGGGAGACUAUUCUUGAUGGGAAGAGACUGCCCCCAUUUGAAACAUUUUCUCAGGGACCUACAUUGCAAUUUACACUUCGAUGGACGGGAGAAACCAAUGAUAAGUCUACAGCUCCUGUUGCCAAGCCCCUUGCCACUAGAAAUUCGGAGAGCCUUCAUCAGGAAAAUAAGCCUGGUUCUGUUAAACCUGCACAAACUAUUGCUGUUAAGGAGACACUGAAUACAGAGCUGCAAACAAGAAAAGAAAAGGAUACUUCAAAUGAAAGUCGCCAGAAGUUAAGAAUAUUUUAUCAGUUCCUUUAUAACAAUAAUACAAGACAACAGACAGAAGCCAGAGAUGAUCUGCACUGUCCGUGGUGCACUCUCAACUGCCGUAAGCUGUAUAGCUUACUCAAACAUCUAAAACUAUGCCACAGCAGAUUUAUCUUCAAUUAUGUAUAUCAUCCAAAAGGUGCUAGGAUAGAUGUUUCUAUCAAUGAGUGUUAUGAUGGCUCCUAUGCAGGAAAUCCUCAGGAUAUACAUCGCCAACCUGGAUUUGCUUUUAGUCGAAAUGGACCAGUAAAGAGAACACCUAUCACACACAUUCUUGUGUGCAGGCCAAAACGAACAAAAGCAAGCAUGUCGGAGUUUCUGGAAUCUGAAGAUGGAGAAGUAGAACAGCAAAGAACAUACAGUAGUGGCCACAAUCGUCUCUAUUUCCACAGUGACACCUGCUUACCUCUUCGGCCACAAGAAAUGGAAGUAGAUAGUGAAGAUGAGAAAGAUCCAGAAUGGCUGAGAGAAAAAACCAUUACUCAAAUUGAAGAAUUUUCUGAUGUGAAUGAAGGAGAGAAAGAAGUAAUGAAACUGUGGAAUCUCCAUGUCAUGAAGCAUGGAUUUAUUGCUGACAAUCAAAUGAAUCAUGCCUGUAUGCUGUUUGUAGAAAAUUAUGGACAG